CUGAAUAUAACAGUUGCUACAACUGCUGAGGGCUGGAACAUUGUAGCAAAUGAACAGUUAACCAUUGAACUGGCCAAAAACCCAAGGGUGAAGGUGUAUGGACUUGUACCAAGGAGCACUCAAGAACAGAGAUACCAGGCUAAGAAGUCAAAUAUUGAACUGGUUGAUGCAAAAGAGAGGAUUGGUUUUUCUGAAGAGGACCUUAUUGCAUACCCUCCUGACGAUCUCGAUAUUGAUAUUCUCAUCAUGCACUCUUAUGGGCAUGACCUUGGAAAACAAGCCCAAGAUAUAAAGGAAAAAAAGAAUUGCAAGUGGGUUCAUGUUGUUCAUACCAUCAGUGCAGAACUGGCGAAUUACAAGCAGAAAGUAUCCAGCACAGAUGCAGCCAAUCUAGAUUGGUUGUCAGAUCAUGAAUUGCAGUUAGCUCUUUGUGAAGAAGCUGACAUAAUCAUUGCCAUUGGUCCUAAAGUAGCUGAUGCUUACAAAGGUGCUCUUCGUCACCGUGGAAAGCACAAGGAUGUGAUUACUAUGACACCUGGAAUCAUCCAUGAUCUAGCUGGUGUUCACACAGUUUGUGAGGGUGGAGAAAAGUUCCAUGUCAUGAUCAGUGCAACAUAUCCAUCAAAGUAUUUCAAAGUUAAAGGCUGUGACAUUGCAGCUAAAGCAAUCACAUUAUUGGAAGAUUUAUCAUACAAUCUUAUAUUUGUUGCUUUGCCCAAUGACGAUGCUGAAGUUCUGAGAACUCAACUUCAGGGGUUAAUCAGGUUCAGUCAAUUCACUGUCAAACAUGUCCCAAGGAGCACUGAAAAUUGGAGAAAGCAGCUUUGCCAAGUUGAUCUUGUCAUCUUGCCUUCAGCAGCGGGUUUUGGAACAAGUUGUGUCCGUGCCAUUUCUGCAGGUGUCCCUGUCCUCAGCAGUGGAAACAGUGGAUUUGGUAUGGCACUUAAAAAGUUGCCAUCAGGAAAAAUGCAUGUAUUGGAUUCGGAAGACCCACGGGAAUGGGCCGACCAGAUCAGGAAACUCAGGAACAAGGGACCAACACAACUGGCUGAUGAGGCAAAGCAGCUUCGGGAAGAGUACAUGAGACAAUAUUGCUGGAAAGACCAAUGUGAUAAACUUGUAGACAAAAUGAUGGAGAUUGUCCAAAGCAAAGAAGGUAUGUCCUGAUUUGGGUUAUGUCACUCAGUCACUCAUUCCUCUUACCUAUUUAAAAAAGUGGCAGCUAACAGCUUAAUUUUUUCGCAGACUGCUAAUAGUCCUUAAGGAUUGUUGGGAGGGUGAGCAUACCUGUACUUCCCUGAAUAAGUAUUCAGGCUUGAAAGACACCAUUAGCUCCGUCAAGUCACUGUGCCCACCUCCUCAACCAACUUAAGAAAACAAGCACUCCUUUGUCCUUACUUUGUCAAAAAGUUAGGCGAUCACAGGGAAAGCUUUUUUCUUUGCUCACUUUUGUAUUAAGGUUUACUACAAUUUAUUUUUUAUUUUUUGGAUCCCCCCCAGUUAUCUCUGUCUCUGUGUACUUUCAGAGUCCUUUUAAAAUCUGCAUUAUUUUCAUACAUAAUUAAGUUGUAGUUAAAAAUUUGCAUCAGGUUAUUUUGGUUAACCGACUGAAACUUUUAUACCAUUUUUUUCAUUUAUUUUUUUCUCCUCUGCUCAUUCUUUACACAAAAAAAGAGGAAUUUAGACUGCACCUUCCUAGGCUUAAACUCACCAGCAACUGAGACAUCAUCCUUCUUGGUGUCCACUAGACCACACAUCACAAACUGCAAAUUCCCUGAUUUUGUUUUAAAUUGUAGAAUUAUCCCUGUGUCACCCACACUUACCCAAACUCUAAUAUUUACAACAUGAUUUGAAAAUUCUUUUUUUAACCCGUUUAAUUAAGUCCCAGGAGUGACCAAUAGUAAUUUUCUCUUGACGAAAUUCAACGUCAUGACACAAGAAAAGUUUAUUGGAAUUAACAAUGUAAUGAUCACCAAAGGGAAAAAUCCUUGAUCUGUCAUCAAUUAUUAAUACUAUUAAUAGUUCUUAAGGAAAUGUAUAGAGAUUAGUAGAGAUUUGUAUGUGGUUGUUGGGGAAGAAAGGAUUACUUUAACCCGUUUACACUUUAUAUGGGUCAAUUAAUGCAGGUUUCGCUAUGUUGCUUGUAAGUAAAUGGUCUAGGGAAACAAAUUGGAGGCAAGAAGAGAAUUAACACAAACUUAACACUCUCCUUUAAUAUUAAUAGCAGGUGUGUUUAUAAAUUCCUCCACCCACCCUUUAUAUGUUUGCUUAUUGAUGCAUAUGUAUAAAAAUGAUCAGUUCAUUCGUCCUUUUUUUAACAAAGAGAGCCAAAAAGUGGGAUUUGAGCAUACUGAGAAGAUUACAGAAGCAAUGAAGUACGCUGAGAGGAGAAUGCAGCAAUUAGGAGUCAAGAAUUUGGGGGAGCAAGAACAUGACACUGUAGAUGAGGGAGAUAAGAAUCCAGACAGCAGGAUGGGGCAAGAGAGUGAGGAAUGUGUUGAAUCUGAGGUGGACAAACUGCACAUGCCACAUCAAGAGGAGGGCAUUGGCGUUACAAAGACAAUCGUAGAAGAGACUGGUGUUACAGAUCAGAAAUCCAAAUCUUUGGCGCAAAAGAACAUUGCACAUGAUGCAGUCGAUGGAGGUGUUAGUCUGCAAACGAAGAGGUCGAGAUUGUCAACCAAUGUCAAAAACAUUCCUUAUGCUCUUCUUGGUAGGAUCUGCUUGAAACUGAAUACAACAAGUGACCUUCACUUCAACGAUUUUCGAAUGCUUGGAGAGCUAAUGGAAAUUGAAAGAGACUUUAUAGAAUUUUGUGCGCAGCCGCGAAACUCAAAUCCGACCCAUAAAAUUCUUAUUCGUUGGUGGCAAACAACUCGAGAACCAACCGUGGAGAAGCUUAUUGAAAUGUUAAAGAAUGAAAACAUGCAGAGGAUGGACGUCGUAGAGAUUCUGGAGGAAUGGGUUGAAAAGGGAGAUUCAAAAUAA